AAAUUAUGUUGGUACAUCUCAGUAUAUGCAAGAAGAGUAAUAAUGAAUACCUAUUACGUUUGUGCAUUGAAAAUACUCUUUAUUUUAAGUUUUAGUCAAGCAAAUGUCAUAAAACAGAAUGCCGAUUCAUGCCAACAAAUAUUGGGGGAUGACGUGAUAAGGGAAAUCUGGUCUUAUGAAAAUGUAAAGGACGAAAUAUUACGAUAUGUCACAGAAGGAGAUUUUAAGGGGAAAACGUAUGACGAAUUGGCUAAGUUUGUGGAUAAGUUUGGUGCCCGACCAUCAGGAACAGAAGUGCUUGAGAAUUCUAUCGAUUACAUAAUUGACUUGACACGUGCCGAAAAUAUAAAUGAUAUUGUAACAGAAGAAUUAGAGGUUCCUCACUGGACUAGAGGAGAAGAAAGAAUUACCAUGUUACAACCGAGAGUGAAAAAUUUAGCAGUAUUAGGGCUGGGCCGUAGUGUGAGUACACCACCGGAAGGUAUAACUGCUGAAGUAAUAUUAAUAAAUGAUUUCGCUCAAUUAGAAAGUAGUAAGGAAGAGGACAUUAGGGGAAAAAUUGUUAUCUAUAAUCCUGUUUUUACAACAUAUAGUGAUACUGUAGCAUAUAGGACACAAGGUGCAACUAGAGCAUCAGCUAAAGGCGCUAUAGCUUCAUUGGUUCGUUCAGUUGGACCAUUUUCUAUUGAUUCGCCACAUACUGGUUUACAAACAUAUGGUGAAAAUGUAACUCAAAUUCCAACAGCUGCUAUAACACUUGAAGAUACAGAUUUAAUAAAACGAAUAAUUGAUCGAGGAGAAAAAGUAAUUUUAAAAAUUGAAAUGACAUCUUCUCUCGAUACUAAAAUAUCAAGAAAUACUAUUGUCGAUCUCAAGGGAACGGAGAAACCGGAUAGCCUCGUAAUAGUAUCAGGUCAUAUUGACAGUUGGGAUGUUGGCCAAGGCGCCAUGGAUGACGGUGGCGGAUUAUUUAUAAGUUGGGCAGCUCCUGUAAUUCUCAAACGUUUAAAUUUGCAACCAAGAAGAACAAUACGGUCAAUAUUUUGGACGGCAGAGGAAUUUGCUUAUGUGGGAGCUUAUGAUUAUGAGAAAAGACAUCUAGAUGAACUUCAGAAUAUAAAUUUCAUAAUGGAGUCUGAUGAGGGUACAUUUGCUCCUCUUGGUUUAGCAGUAGGAGGUAACCAGGAAGCUCGAUGCAUCAUUGCAGAGAUUUUGAAAUUAUUUGAAUCGAUUAAUGCUACUACUUUAAUAGAAGAUGAUAGUCCGGGUUCUGAUAUAGCUAUUAUUACAAAACAUGGUAUUCCAGGAGCUAGUCUUUAUAAUGACAAUGAAAGAUAUUUUUGGUUCCAUCACACCGAAGGAGACACUAUGAAUGUAGAAGAUGAGCGUGAUCUUGAUCUUGGGACUGCAUUAUGGACUGCCGUUGCCUAUAUAGUUGCUGAUAUUUCUUUCGAUAUACCUCGAUAAUAAAUUCCUAUUAAUUGAAUAAUUUUUCACGACACUUAAAUAUUUAAGUUACCUUUGAAUAUUAAUAAAUUCUUUCAUUAUUUAUAAUAGAUUAGAUUUAUAAAAUAGACUUAUAGAAUGAUAGUAAUAAAUUAUUUGCAAGAAC